AUGUGUCAUCAAGGAGUGGAUGAGAAGCCCCAAUGCCCUCGAGUAUGCCGAGCAACACUCAACUGUGGGAGACACGAGUGCGGCGAGCGAUGUUGUUCUGGAGAAAAGAAAGCAAGUGAACGACAAGCCGCAAAACGAAAGCAUCGUGCUUUGAAUGCUCCGCCGACAGAAGAGAACAUUGAGGCUGAGCAUAUCUGUCUCAAAGUCUGUGGACGCGCACUAAAAUGUGGUGAACAUGCUUGCGCUGAACUUUGUCACAAGGGCCCUUGUAGAUCAUGCCGUGAGGCUAUUUUUGAAGAAAUCAGCUGCGCUUGUGGCCGUACCGUUUUGCAGCCUCCAAUGCCUUGCGGGACGAAACCACCCGAGUGCCGUUUUGAUUGUACAAGAGCAAGAACUUGUGGACAUCCACAAACUAAGCAUCAAUGCCAUCUUGAUGGUGAAGAUUGUCCAAAGUGUCCCUUCCUUGUAGAGAAGCCUUUCUUUGCCAUCGUCCCGGACAAUGUGAAGACGCGACUUCGCCAUGUCAUCAACCGUGCGGAAGGCAGAAAAGCGUUUGCGAUCACUCCUGUACCGACGCUUGCCAUGCCCCUUACCCCUAAGCAAGCGGUCAAAUGUCUCGCAUCGAAAACCAGUGAGGGCAAUUCAAAAAAGACACUAGAUUGUAAUGACGAAUGUCUUAAGCUCCAGCGCAAUGCAAAGCUUGCCGCAGCCUUGAAUAUUGACCCAAGCACUCACACGGAUGAUCAUAUUCCAUAUUCUCAACAAACAUUGGAUAUGGUCAAAGACAUGCUUAAAUUCUGUCAAACCUAUGAGCGCGAAUUUCGCGUUUUCGCAGCGGAUCCAUCGGAGAAGAGAUUAAGAUUCAAGCCCAUGCCAUCUCAUCAGAGAGCAUUCUUGCACUCAUUGGCGGAAGACUAUGGUCUUGAUAGCGAAAGUCAAGAUCCAGAGCCCCAUCGCCACGUUUCAAUCUUUAAGACACCACGCUUUGUAUCUGCACCAUUGAAAACUCUAGCGCAAUGUGUCAAAGUCAAGCCUGUGGCAGUUGUGGAAGCCGCAUCUUCAAAGAGAUUGGUUGCUACAGCCGAACCGUUCAAUGCAUUCUUAUUAUCGAAUCCUAGGUUUGGAUUGACUAUUGAUGAGAUACACACCGACCUUUUGUCUGAGUUCGCAAAUGCGGGCCUCGAUUUCGACGUAUCUUUCCUACCUUCUGGUGAAGUUGUCCUUCGUGGAAAAGCUCCCGAGACUUGGUACACGAAAGUUGAUUCCGCACUAACUGCUAUGCAACAUAGCCUUGUUCAAAAGGUUAAAGCACUUCAAUUAGCAUCGACAGUUGUUCUCUGUAGUGUGGAUUCGAGUUUGAAUGUCGUCAGGAGAGAAGAUGAUCAUUUAGGUGGUGGGUGGAGUCAAGUGGCCAAAGGAGCCAGCGGAAGCAAAGCUCCAGUGAGGCCAGAGAUAGGUGUGAAAAGCAGCUUCACCGUUCUGGGAACUAGAAUGGCGGCGAAAAAGAAGAAAGAAGAACAGGAUUCUGCAGUAGAUGACUGGGAAAAGGAAGUGGAAGCUUGGGAUGCUUGA